AUGGACGACCUGCGAUUUCGAUCCCAACAGCCCCCGCGUAACGAGCCCACGAUGAAUACGCUUGUCUCACCUCCGCGGAACGGCAGCCGCAUGCCCCAGCCUGUUCAGGCUCACGAUGGGCGCGGCGCUCUGCCCCGCCGCUUCACCACCGAUUCGGGGCGUGUACCAACAUUGUCGUCUAUUACCAACCAGCGCGGCCCUGAGAUGGGCAAUGAUUACAAUAUUGAGAAGAAGAAGCUCGAAUACGAAAGACUCCGAGAGCAGAGACGCCGAUUCGAACUCGAGAUGCAGAAGCUGGAGCAGGCGCAGCGACGCGAGGAGAUGGAGCUUGCCAAGAUGCAGGAUGACCUGCGCCAGGGUCACCAGUCGGAACCGACGACGCCUCCCGAAUACCACGAGUCGUCAGGCUUCCCCACGAUGUUCUCGCGCCCGAACCGUUACUCGACGUCUAGCCUGACCUCUCCCCCGGGCCUGUUCAACCGUCCCGGCCGCUCGGGAUCGCAGCUCACCUCUCCUCAAGCGACUCUGAUGCAGCAGUCUCGCUUCAGCUUUGAUGAGCAUCUCCCGUCCCGGUCUGUCCCCGGCUCUCGAAGAAACAGCGACGAAGACGAGAAGGAGGAAGCUGUGCGUCAGGACCCGACCAGCCAUCGGUCCUCUAAUGCCUACAACCGCUACUCCAUGCCUGUCACCAGAUCUCGCACUGGCUUGUACGGCUCUGACCUCGACCAAACCGGCACUGCUCGAUUCCUCUUCGGCGAGGAGGACGCUUCUGGCGAGCACAAGUACGGACACGGCACUGACGACAACUUCCCCACGCUGGUGCGCCGCGACGACCAAAUGCUCUCUGCAUCCUCCGCUGCCCUUGAUCUUGCCCUCUCUCCUUCGCCUGCCCCCGACGCGCCUCCCACGAACGGUUGGGGCCAUAUUAACCGUCAUCGAACUCAACAGAGCUUGUCUGCUAUCAACACGUCUUCGCUCAACGGAGCCGCUUCGUCUGGCGAAAUCAGCAACAGAGCCAACGCCCGUCACUCGCUCGACCUCAAGUUCUACCCGGACGCUCCUACCGACAACCAGAACUCCGUUGUCUCGCCGACCAACCACAUGAUGGCCACCCCUCCCAAGUUGCAGAGCUCCUUCUCUGCCAACGACAUCCCUACCGUCAAGAGCACCAACAACGCUUCUGUGACCAACAACCACGCCCAGCAGCACUUUCACAACCACAACGCCAGCAUUGGUCGCAUUCCUGCCGGUGCUGUUCCGGGCCGUCACAGUCGCGAGCUGUCCAGCGACAACAACAUGGGCGGUCCCCGUGAGCAGCCCAGUCAUUUCCCCUCCAUUCAGUCUGCUCUUCAGGCCAAUGCCGCUCCUUUCGGCCCUGGUGCUCCGGGUCCAGGCUUCCCCCACACCUCUCAGGGCAACCAGGCUCCCAACGUUGCUCCUACUGCCGGACCCAACAACACCUACGGCAACUUCUAUCCCAACGGCUACGUCUCCCCGAGCAACCCUGGCCCUGCUGGUCCUCCCGGCCCUCCCACCUCUGGUCCUGGACAUUACGGCAUGCCUCCUAUCUUGGCCAUGGGCAUGCAGAACAUGAACCUCGGCGGCAACAAUAUGUACCCUGCCCAGAACUAUGCUGGUUAUGGCGCUCUCUACAACCCGCAGCAUCAGCCUCGCGACAGCCAAGCUCGAGUUAUCCAGCAUCGCCGCCAGAUGGAUAACGAGGCGAUGUCACGCUACAACGGCCUCGCGCUCGAGAACGUGGGCGGUCAGAUUUACGAUCUCUGCAAGGACCAGCACGGCUGCCGCUAUCUGCAAAAGAAGCUCGAGGAGCGCAACCCGGAGCAGGUCCACAUGAUCUGGCUUGAGACCAACCAGCAUGUCAUUGAGCUCAUGACCGACCCCUUUGGCAACUACCUCUGCCAGAAGCUCUUGGAGUACUGCAAUGAUGACGAGCGCACCGUCCUGAUCCAGAAUGCCGCGGCCGACAUGGUCCGCAUUGCUCUCAACCAGCACGGCACUCGCGCCUUGCAGAAGAUGAUUGAAUUCGUCACCACCUCCACCCAGAUCGAGAUGAUCAUCAAUGCCCUGCGCUACCAGGUUGUCGAGCUUAUUCAGGACCUCAACGGCAACCACGUCAUUCAGAAGUGUCUUAACAAGCUCAGUGCCAAGGACGCGCAGUUCAUUUUCGACGCUGUCGGUACCAACUGCGUUGACGUCGGUACUCACCGUCACGGCUGCUGUGUCCUCCAGCGCUGCAUUGACCAUGCCUCUGGCGACCAGAAGGUCUGGCUCAUCUCUAAGAUCACCGAGCACGCCCCGAUUCUGGUUCAGGAUCCCUUUGGAAACUAUGUGGUCCAGUACAUCAUCGACCUCAACGAGCCUUCCUUCACUGAGCCUAUCGUCCGCAUGUUCAAGAACCGCAUCGGUCAGCUGUCUCGCCACAAGUUCAGCUCCAACGUCAUUGAGAAGUGCCUGCGCUGCUCCCAGGAGCCCUCUCGCGACAUGAUCGUCGAGGAGCUCCUUACUCCUGGUGAGAUUGAGCGUCUGCUCCGCGACUCUUACGCGAACUAUGUCAUUCAGACCGCCCUCGAGUAUGCGACUCCCCACAGCAAGUUCCGUCUUGUCGACGCCAUUCGGCCCAUCCUACCGUCUAUUCGCUCCACCCCCUACGGACGUCGCAUUCAGGCCAAGAUUCAGGCUUUCGAGGGUCGCAGCAGUGCUACCUCCAGCGGCCAGACUACUCCUGCGGACGCCAGCCAGGGCCAGAUUGCCCUUCGUCCCAGUCACAACCGUGCCAUGUCCAACACCACCUCUGUCAUUGCUCCUGGCGGAGGCUUCGGUAACGGUCUGAAUGGCGGUCUGAACGGCGGCAUGGCCCCUCGCGGCGCGCAGGCCAGCUACCCCACGCCCGCCAACAUCACUGUGCCUCCCCCGGCUCCUCCUCAGAACCAGCGCAUGCAGCAGUACGGCUACAACCAGCAGCCGCGUACCAUGGGAAACGGUCCUGCUGACGCUGGCGCCGGCGGCGAGACCCAGUGGCUGUAA